ACUAAUGUCAGGUCACUCACUCAUUAUGCACUAAUGCCUGGUCACUCACUAGUUAUGCACUAAUGUCAGGUCACUCACUCAUUAUGCACUAAUGCCUGGUCACUCACUAGUUAUGCUCUACUGUCUGAUCACUCACUACUUAUGCACUAAUGUCUGGUCACACUAAAGUCUGGUCACUCACUAACUAUGCGCUAAUGUCUGGUCACUCACUCCUUAUGCACUGUCUGGUCACUCACUAGUUAUGCACUAAUGUCAGGUCACUCACUCAUUAUGCACUAAUGCCUGGUCACUCACUAGUUAUGCACUAAUGUCAGGUCACUCACUCAUUAUGCACUAAUGCCUGGUCACUCACUAGUUAUGCUCUACUGUCUGAUCACUCACUACUUAUGCACUAAUGUCUGGUCACACUAAAGUCUGGUCACUCACUAACUAUGCGCUAAUGUCUGGUCACUCACUACGAAUGCACUAAUGUCUGGUCACUCACUAGUUAUAUACUAAUGUCUGGUCACUCACUAGUUAUAUACUAAUGUCUGGUCACUCACUCCUUAUGCACUAUUGUCUGGUCACUCAUUACUUAUACACUAGUGUCUAGUCACUCACUACUUAUGCACUAGUGUCCGGUCACUCACUACUUAUGCAUUAAUGUCCUGUAACUCACUACUUAUGCACUAGUGUCUAGUCACUCACUACUUAUGAACUAGUGUCCGGUCACUCACUACUUAUGCAUUAUUGUCCUGUAACUCACUACUUAUGCACUAGUGUCCAGUCACUUACUACUUAUGCACUAGUGUCACUCUGGUCACAUACUACUUUUGCACUAGUUUAGUUCUGGUCACUCACUACGAAUACACUAAUGUCUGGUCACUCACUAGUUAUGUACUAAUGACUGGUCACUCACUCCUUAUGCACUAUUGUCUGGUCACUCAUUACUUAUACACUAGUGUCUAGUCACUCACUACUUAUGCACUAGUGUCCGGUCACUCACUACUUAUGCAUUAUUGUCCUGUAACUCACUACUUAUGCACUAGUGUCUGGUCACUCAUUACUUAUACACUAGUGUCUAGUCACUCACUGCUUAUGCACUAGUCCCCGGUCAAUCACUACUUAUGCAUUAGUGUCCUAUAACUCACUAAUUAUGCACUAGUGUCCAGUCACUCACUACUUAUGCACUAGUGUCCGGUCACUUACUACUUAUGCACUUGGAUCACUCUGGUCACAUACUACUUUUGCACUAGUGUCCGGUCACUCACUACUUAUGCAUUAUUGUCCUGUAACUCACUAUUUAUGCACUAGUGUCCUGUCACUCACUGCUUAUGCACUAGUCCCCGGUCACUCACUACCUAUGCAUUAGUGUCCGGUCCCUCACUACUUAUGCACUAGUGUCCAGUCACUCACUACUUAUGCACUAGUGUCCGGUCACUUACUACUUAUGCACUUGGGUCACUCUGGUCACGUACUACUUAUGAACUAAUGUGCGGUCACUCACUACUUAUGUAUUAUUGUCCUGUAACUCACUAUUUAUGCACUAGUGUCCUGUCACUCACUGCUUAUGCACUAGUGUCCGGUCACUCACUACUUAUGCACUAGUGUCCGGUCACUCACUACUUAUGCAUUAUUGUCCUGUAACUCACUACUUAUGCACUAGUGUCUGGUCACUCAUUACUUAUACACUAGUGUCUAGUCACUCACUGCUUAUGCACUAGUCCCCGGUCAAUCACUACUUAUGCAUUAGUGUCCUAUAACUCACUAAUUAUGCACUAGUGUCCAGUCACUCACUACUUAUGCACUAGUGUCCGGUCACUUACUACUUAUGCACUUGGAUCACUCUGGUCACGUACUACUUUUGCACUAGUGUCCGGUCACUCACUACUUAUGCAUUAUUGUCCUGUAACUCACUAUUUAUGCACUAGUGUCCUGUCACUCACUGCUUAUGCACUAGUCCCCGGUCACUCACUACCUAUGCAUUAGUGUCCGGUCCCUCACUACUUAUGCACUAGUGUCCAGUCACUCACUACUUAUGCACUAGUGUCCGGUCACUUACUACUUAUGUACUUGGGUCACUCUGGUCACGUACUACUUAUGAACUAGUGUCCGGUCACUCACUACUUAUGCAUUAUUGUCCUGUAACUCACUAUUUAUGCACUAGUGUCCUGUCACUCACUGCUUAUGCACUAGUGUCCGGUCACUCACUACUUAUGCAUUAGUGUCCUGUAACUCACUACUUAUGCACUAGUGUCCAGUCACUCACUACUUAUGCACUAGUGUCCAGUCACUUACUACUUAUGCACUUGGGUCACUCUGGUCACGUACUACUUUUGCACUAGUGUCCAGUCACUCACUAUUCAUGCACUAGUGUCCUGUCACUCACUGCUUAUGCACUAGCCCCUGGUCACUCACCGCUUAUGCACUAGUGUCUAGUCACUCACUACUUAUGCACUAGUGUCCUGUCACUCACUACUUAUGCACUAGUGUCCAAUCACUUAAUGCUUAUGCACUAGUGUCCUGUCACUCACUACUUAUGCACUAGUGUCCAAUCACUUAAUGCUUAUGCACUAAUGUCACUCUGGUCACUUACUACUUAUGCACUAGUUUCCUGUCACUCACUGCUUAUGCACUAGUGUCCAGUUACUUAAACAUCCAUUCACUUACUGCUUAUGCACUAGCCCCCAGUCACUCACUGCUUAUGCACUAGCCCCCGGUCACUCACUACAUAUGCACUAGUGUCCUGUCACCCACUACUUAUGCACUAGUGUCCAAUCACUUAAUGCUUAUGCACUAGUGUCAGUCUGGUCACUUACUACUUAUGCACUAGUUUCCUGUCACUCACUGCUUAUGCACUAGUGUCCGGUCACUCACUACUUAUCCACUAGCAUAUAGUCCCUCACUACUUAUGCAUUAGCAUCUGGUAACUCACUACUUAUGCACUAGUAUCAAGCUACUUAAACAUCCGUUCAUUCACUGCUUAUGCACUAGCAUAUGGUCACUCACUACUUAUACACUAAUGUCUAGUUACUCACUACUUAACACUAAUGUCUGGUCACUCACUACUUAUACACUAGUGUCUAGCCACUCACUACUUAUGCACUAAUGUCUGGUCACUCACUACUUAUACACUAGUGUCUAGCCACUCACUACUUAUGCACUAAUGUCUGGUCACUCACUACUUAUGCACUAGUGUCUAGUCACUCACUACUUAUGCAUUAGUGUCCUGUAACUCACUACUUAUGCACUAGUGUCCAGUCACUCACUACUUAUGCACUAGUGUCCAGUCACUUACUACUUAUGCACUUGGGUCACUCUGGUCACGUACUACUUUUGCACUAGUGUCCAGUCACUCACUAUUUAUGCACUAGUGUCCUGUCACUCACUGCUUAUGCACUAAUGUCUGGUCACUCACUCCUUAUGCACUAGUGUCUAGCCACUCACUACUUAUGCACUAAUGUCUGGUCACUCACUCCUUAUGCACUAAUGUCUGGUCACUCACUAGUUAUGCUCUAAUGUCUGGUCACUUUACUUAUGCACUAAUGUCUGGUCACACUAAUGUCUGGUCACUCACUACUGAUGCACUGGUAUCUGCUCACUCACUACUUAUGCACUAGUGUCCUGUCACUCACUACGUAUGCACUUGUGUCCUGUCACUCACUACUUAUGCACUAGUGUCCAGUCACUUAAUGCUUAUGCACUAAUUUCUGAUCAGUCACUAAUUAUGCACUAGUGUCUGGUUGUUCACUAUGUAUGCACUAGUGUCCAGUUACUCACUACUUAUGCACUAGUGUCCGGUCACUUAAUGCUUAUGCACUAGUGUCUGGUCACUGACUACUUAUGCACUAGUGUCCUGUCAUGAACUACUUAUGCACUAGUGUCUGUCCCUUAUUGCUUAUGCACUAGUGUCACUCUGGUCACUUACUACUUAUGCACUAGUGUCCAGUCACUCACUAUUUAUGCACUAUUGUCCUGUCACUAACUGCUUAUGCACUAGCUCCUGGUCACUCACUACUUAUGCACUAGCAUAUGGUCCCUUACUACUCAUGCACUAGUGUCUGGGUCACUCACUACUUAUGCACUAGUGUCCUGUCACUCACUACUUAUGCACUAGUGUCGAAUCACUUAAUGCUUAUACACUAGUGUCCUGUAACUCACUACUUAUGCACUAGUGUCCAAUCACUUAAUGCUUAUGCACUAGUGUCACUCUGGUCACUUUCUACUUAUGCACUAGUUUCCUGUCACUGCUUAUGCACUAGUGUCCAGUUACUUAAACAUCCAUUCACUUACUGCUUAUGCACUAGCCCCCGGUCACUCACUGCUUAUGCACUAGCCCCCGGUCACUCACUAAUUAUGCACUAGUAUCCUGUCACCCACUACUUAUGCACUAGUGUCCAAUCCCUUAAUGCUUAUGCACUAGUGUCAGUCUGGUCACUUACUACUUAUGCACUAGUGUCCGGUCACUCACUACUUAUCCACUAGCAUAUAGUCCCUCACUACUUAUGCAUUAGCAUCUGGUAACUCACUACUUAUGCACUAGUAUCAAGUUACUUAAACAUCCGUUCAUUCACUGCUUAUGCACUAGCAUAUGGUCACUCACUACUUAUACACUAAUGUCUAGUUACUCACUACUUAACACUAAUGUCUGGUCACUCACUACUUAUACACUAGUGUCUAGCCACUCACUACUUAUGCACUAAUGUCUGGUCACUCACUACUUAUACACUAGUGUCUAGUCACUCACUACUUAUGCACUAAUGUCUGGUCACUCACUCCUUAUGCACUAAUGUCUGGUCACUCACUAGUUAUGCUCUAAUGUCUGGUCACUUUACUUAUGCACUAAUGUCUGGUCACACUAAUGUCUGGUCACUCACUACUGAUGCACUAGUAUCUGCUCACUCACUACUUAUGCACUAGUUUCCUGUCACUCACUACUUAUGCACUAGUGUCCAGUCACUUAAUGCUUAUGCACUAAUUUAUGGUCAGUCACUAAUUAUGCACUAGUGUCUGGUUGUUCACUACGUAUGCACUAGUGUCCAGUCACUCACUACUUAUGCACUAGUGUCCGGUCACUUAAUGCUUAUGCACUAGUGUCUGGUCACUGACUUCUUAUGCACUAGUGUCCUGUCAUGAACUACUUAUGCACUAGUGUCUGUCCCUUAUUGCUUAUGCACUAGUGUCACUCUGGUCACUUACUACUUAUGCACUAGUGUCCAGUCACUCACUAUUUAUGCACUAUUGUCCUGUCACUAACUGCUUAUGCACUAGCUCCUGGUCACUCACUACUUAUGCACUAGCAUAUGGUCCCUUACUACUCAUGCACUAGUGUCUGGGUCACUCACUACUUAUGCACUAGUGUCCUGUCACUCACUACUUAUGUACUAGUGUCCUGUCACUCAUUACUUAUGCACUAGUGUCCGAUCACUUACUGCUUAUGCACUAGUGUCCAAUCACUUAAUGCUUAUGCACUAAUUUCUGGUCAGUAACUAAUUAUGCACUAGUGUCUGGUUGUUCACUACGUAUCCACUAGUGUCCAGUCACUCACUACUUAUGCACUAGUGUCUGAUCACUGACUACUUAUGCACUAGUGUCCUGUCAUGAACUACUUAUGCACUAGUGUCUGUCCCUUAUUGCUUAUGCACUAGUGUCACUCUGGUCACUUACUACUUAUGCACUAGUGUCCAGUCACUCACUAUUUAUGCACUAUUGUCCUGUCACUAACUGCUUAUGCACUAGCUCCUGGUCACUCACUACUUAUGCACUAGCAUAUGGUCCCUUACUACUCAUGCACUAGUGUCUGGGUCACUCACUACUUAUGCACUAGUGUCCUGUCACUCACUACUUAUGUACUAGUGUCCUGUCACUCAUUACUUAUGCACUAGUGUCCGAUCACUUACUGCUUAUGCACUAGUGUCCAAUCACUUAAUGCUUAUGCACUAAUUUCUGGUCAGUAACUAAUUAUGCACUAGUGUCUGGUUGUUCACUACGUAUCCACUAGUGUCCAGUCACUCACUACUUAUGCACUAGUGUCUGAUCACUGACUACUUAUGCACUAGUGUCCUGUCAUGAACUACUUAUGCACUAGUGUCUGUCCCUUAUUGCUUAUGCACUAGUGUAACUCUGGUCACUUACUACUUAUGCACUAGUGUCCAGUCACUCACUAUUUAUGCACUAUUGUCCUGUCACUAACUGCUUAUGCACUAGCUCCUGGUCACUCACUACUUAUACACUAGCAUAUGGUCCCUUACUACUCAUGCACUAGUGUCUGGGUCACUCACUACUUAUGCACUAGUGUCCUGUCACUCACUACUUAUGCACUAGUGUCCUGUCACUCACUACUUAUGCACUAGUGUCCAAUCACUUAAUGCUUAUGCACUAGUGUCACUCUGGUCACUUACUACUUAUGCACUAGUUUCCUGUCACUCACUGCUUAUGCACUAGUGUCCAGUUACUUAAACAUCCAUUCACUUACUGCUUAUGCACUAGCCCCCGGUCACUCACUGCUUAUGCACUAGCCCCCGGUCACUCACUAAUUAUGCACUAGUAUCCUGUCACCCACUACUUAUGCACUAGUGUCCAAUCACUUAAUGCUUAUGCACUAGUGUCAGUCUGGUCACUUACUACUUAUGCACUAGUUUCCUGUCACUCACUGCUUAUGCACUAGUGUCCGGUCACUCACUACUUAUCCACUAGCAUAUAGUCCCUCACUACUUAUGCAUUAGCAUCUGGUAACUCACUACUUAUGCACUAGUAUCAAGUUACUUAAACAUCCGUUCAUUCACUGCUUAUGCACUAGCAUAUGGUCACUCACUACUUAUACACUAAUGUCUAGUUACUCACUACUUAACACUAAUGUCUGGUCACUCACUACUUAUACACUAGUGUCUAGCCACUCACUACUUAUGCACUAAUGUCUGGUCUCUCACUACUUAUACACUAGUGUCUAGUCACUCACUACUUAUGCACUAAUGUCUGGUCACUCACUCCUUAUGCACUAAUGUCUGGUCACUCACUAGUUAUGCUCUAAUGUCUGGUCACUUUACUUAUGCACUAAUGUCUGGUCACACUAAUGUCUGGUCACUCACUACUGAUGCACUAGUAUCUGCUCACUCACUACUUAUGCACUAGUGUCCUGUCACUCACUAUGUAUGCACUUGUGUCCUGUCACUCACUACUUAUGCACUAGUGUCCAGUCACUUAAUGCUUAUGCACUAAUUUCUGGUCAGUCACUAAUUAUGCACUAGUGUCUGGUUGUUCACUACGUAUGCACUAGUGUUCAGUCACUCACUACUUAUGCACUAGUGUCCGGUCACUUAAUGCUUAUGCACUAGUGUCUGGUCACUGACUACUUAUGCACUAGUGUCCUGUCAUGAACUACUUAUGCACUAGUGUCUGUCCCUUAUUGCUUAUGCACUAGUGUCCUGUCAUGAACUACUUAUGCAUUAGUGUCUGUCCCUUAUUGCUUAUGCACUAGUGUCACUCUGGUCACUUACUACUUAUGCACUAGUGUCCAGUCACUCACUAUUUAUGCACUAUUGUCCUGUCACUAACUGCUUAUGCACUAGCUCCUGGUCACUCACUACUUAUGCACUAGCAUAUGGUCCCUUACUACUCAUGCACUAGUGUCUGGGUCACUCACUACUUAUGCACUAGUGUCCUGUCACUCACUACUUAUGCACUAGUGUCCUGUCACUCAUUACUUAUGCACUAGUGUCCGAUCACUUACUGCUUAUGCACUAGUGUCAAAUCACUUAAUGCUUAUGCACUAGUGUCCUGUCACUCACUACUUAUGCACGCGUGUCCAAUCACUUAAUGCUUAUGCACUAGUGUCACUCUGGUCACUUACUAUUUAUGCACUAGUUUCCUGUCACUCACUGCUUAUGCACUAGUGUCCAGUUACUUAAACAUCCAUUCACUUACUGCUUAUGCACUAGCCCCCGGUCACUCACUGCUUAUGCACUAGUUUCUAGUCACUCACUACUUAUGCACUAGUGUCCAGUCACUCAAUGCUUAUGCACUAAUUUCUGGUUACUCACUACUAAUGCACUAGUGUCCAAUCAUUCACUACUUAUGCACUAGUGUCCGGUCAUUCACUACUUAUACACUAGUGUCCAGUCACUCACUAAUUAUGCACUAGUGUCCUGUCACUUACUGCUUAUGCACUAGUGUCACUCUGGUCACUUACCACUUAUGCACUAGUGUCCAGUAACUCACUACUUAUGCACUAGUGUCCUGUCACUCACUGCUUGUGAACUAGUGUCCUGUCACUGCUUAUGCACUAGUGUCCAGUCACUUACUGCAUAUGCACUAGUGUCACUCUGGUCACUUACUACUUAUGCACUAGUGUCCAGUCACUCAAUGCUUAUGCACUCAUUUCUGGUCACUCACUACUUAUGCACUAGUGUCCGGUCACUUACUGCUUAUGCACUAGUGUCAAUCUGGUCAUUCACUACUUAUGCACUAGUGUCCUGUCACUCACUACUUAUGCACUCGUGUCCUGUCACUUACUGCUUAUGCACUUGUGUCCUGUCACUGCUUAUGCACUAGUGUCCAGUCAAUCACUACUUAGGCACUAUUGUCACUCUGGUCACUUACUACGUAUGCACUAGUGUCCAGUCACUUAAUGCUUAUACACUCAUUUCUGGUCACUCAUUACUUAUGCACAAGUGUCCCAUCACUCACUACUUAUGCGCUAGUGUCUGUUCACUUAAUGCUUAUGCACUAGUGUAAGUCUGGUUACUCACUUCUUAUGCACUAGUGUCCGGUCACUUACUGCUUAUGCACUAGUGUCACUCUGGUCACUUACUACUUAUGCACUAGUGUCCAGUCACUCACUACUUAUGCACGAGUGUCCUGUCACUCACUGCUUUGCACUAUUGUCUGGUCACUUACUGCUUUUGCACUAGUGUCACUCUGGUCACUCACUACUUAUUCACUAGUGUCCGGUCACUCACUACUUAUGCAUUAGUGUCCUGUCACUCACUACUUAUGCACUAAUGUCCUGUCACUCACUACUUAUGCACUAGUGUCAGGUCACUUACUGAUUAUGCACUAGUGUCCUGUCACUCACUGCUUAUGCACUAGCCCACGGUCACUUACUAUGCACUAUCAUAUGGUCCCUCACUACUCAUGCACUAGUGUCCGGAUCACUCACUACUUCAGUUAGUGUGACUAUGGAAGCCGGAGUCAUUAUCUGCAGUCAGGGGUCAGUUAAUUAAUAAACACCUAGAUUACGAGUUUUGCUUUGCGGCUUUUAACGCUAAAAAAUGGCAAUAUCAGUGUAAUGGCUAAGAACGCAUAUUACGAGUCGUGUCGGUAUAGUUGUACCGCAAGCAUAUUAGCCUGUAACACAACGUCAAUCCCUCACUCAAAUAAAUUACGUUUUUGCGUGGGAUUUCCAUAGCGCCGGUAUUACAGGUUGUGUGGUGAGGCUAAAAUGCUUGUGUUACAGCCUAUACCGACAUGAUCCAUACCGCCAUCUGAAAGCAGUAGUUAUGGAUUUUGCAAAACAUAAAUGUUUCACAAAACUCAUAACUAAAGUGUUAGAAAGUACACUAACACCCAUAAACUACCUAUUAACCCCUAAACCGCCCCCUCCCGCAUUGCAAAACCCUAUUAGACCUAAAUACACAAAAAUGAAAAUUAUUAACCGGUUAAAAUACAAACAAAAAACCUUGAAAAAGUCAAGUGACUAUUUGGUGAAACGAUCGUUGGAUUUGGAGCGUGUGAUGUCACGUUGUAGGCGGAGACCAACCUUCUGAACUGCAAACCGUAAUCAUAGAAAUUGUUUACAAUAUACAGUCUGUGUAAUGUACGGAUGUUCUAGCUGUGAUUUUAACACGUUUUAAUAAAUUGUUUUCACUUCUAUCUGCUCCUGUUGGAGUCUCCUAUAGCUUUUAUAUCUAGAGCUUGAUGUGAAGCUCUGCAGUAUGUGAGUAUACAACUUACAUGUGAAUUAACCCUGUAGUCUCACAGGACUUCACCAUUGGCAGCAUUGAUCUGUUUUAUUUGAGGUUAACCCUUGGAGUUUGACUGCAGCAUUCAUUUCCCUGGGAUCACUUAUGCACAGUUGGAGUUGGGAUUUAGGGGCCCAUUUAUCAAGCUCUGAACGGGAGCUUGUGGGCCAGUGUUUCUGGCGAGUCUUCAGACUCGCCAGAAACAGCAGUUAUGAAGCAGCGGUCUAAAGUCCGCUGCUCCAUAACCCUGUCAACAGGAAUCGCCGGAAAUCAACCCGAUCGAGUACGAUCGGGUUGAUUGACACCCCCUGCUAACGGCCCAUUGCCCGCGAGUCUGCAGGGGGCGGCGUUGCACCAGCAGCUUUUGUGAGCUGCUGGUGCAAUGCUGAAUACAGCGAGCAUAUUGCUCGCCGUAUUCAGCGAGGUCUGGCGGACCUGAUCCGCAGUGUCGGAUCAGGUCCGCCAGAACUUAAUAUCUAGAGGCCUUAGUCUCCAAUUAACAUUUUUGGACAUAUUCGUUUUGCACUAUAUUAAACCUAUUAACCCCUAAUCUGCCGCCCACCCACAUCGCGAGUAUUAAAUAAACCCUUUUAACCCCUAAUCUGCUACCCACCCACAUCGCCAACACUAUUUAAAUAUAUUAAGCCCUAAACCACCGCUCCCUGACAUCGCCGCCACUAUAAUAAACGUAUUAAACCCUAUUCCGCCGCUCCCCGACAUCGCUGCCACUAAAUAAAGUUAUUAACCCCUAAACCUCCAGCCUCCCACAUCCCUGCUACUAAAUAAACCUAUUAACCCCUAAAACGCCGGCCCCCACAUUGCAAAACACUAAAUUAAACUGUUAACCCCUAAACCUAAAACCCCCCUAACUUUAAAUUCAAAUUACAAUAUAACUAUAUUUAAAUAAAUAAAAACUUACCUGUAAAAUAAAUAUAAACCUAACAUUAAACUAUAAAUUAACCUAACCUUACUAUUCUAAUAAACUAAAAAAAACUACCAAUUAAAGAAUCUAAAUUACAAAUUUAAAAAAACCUAACACUACGAAAAAAAAUUAAAAAUCUAAAUUACAACUAAAAAACCCCCAAAUCCUAUGAAAAAUUUUAAAAAUCUAAGUUUACCAAAAAUAAUUAACACUAAAAUCACGAAAAAUAAAAACACUAAGAUUACAAAAAAUAAAUUAAAUUAUCAAAAAUAAAAAGAAUUACACCUAAUCUAAUAGCCCUAUAAAAAUAAAAAAGCCCCCCAAAUAAAAAUACACCCUAGCCUACAAUAAACUACCAAUAGCCCUUAAAAGGGCCUUUUGUAGGGCAUUGCCCUAAAGAAAUCAGCUCUUUUACCUGUAGAAAAAUACAAAGUCCCCCCAACAGUAAAACCCACCACCCAACCAACUCCCCAAAAUAAAAAAAUAACUCUAAAAAAAAACUAAGCUACCCAUUGCCCCUAAAGGGGCAUUUGUAUGGGCAUUGCCCUUAAAGGGGCAUUUAGCUCUUUUGCAUUGCCUUUAAAAGGGCAUUUAGCUCUUUUUCCAAGUCCAAAGUCCUAAUCUAAAAAAAAACACCCAAAAAAUUAAAAAAAAAACCCUAAACCCAGAAGAUCUACUCACGGUUUCUGAAGUCUGGACAUCCAUCUCCAUUCAGGUGGCGAGGUCUACAUCCAGACGGCAAGGUCUUCAUCCAUCCCAGGGGCGUCUUCUAUCUUCAUCCCGGUGGCGCGGAGCAUAGUCAUAUUCUUUAAGUUCAAAACAGCCAAUAGGAUGAGAGCUACUGAAAUCCUAUUGGUUGUUCAAAUCAGCCACUAGGAUUGGAGGUUAAUAGUUUAAUUUAGUGUUUUGCGAUGUGGGGGGCCGGCAGUUUAGGGGUUAAUAGGUUUAUUUAGUGGCGGAGAUGUGGGAGGCCGGAGGUUCAGGGGUUAAUAACUUAAUUUAGUGGUGGCGAUGUCUUGGAGCGGCGGAAUAGGGGUUAAUAACUUUAUUAUAGUGGCAAUAGCUUUAUUGUUAAUAGCUUUAUUAUAGUGGCAGUGAUGUUGGGGUGCAGGGGAAUAUGGGUUAACAACUUUAUUAUAGUGGCUGCAAUGUCGGGGAGUGGCAGAAUAAAGGUUAAUAACUUUUAUUAGGUUUCGGCGAUGUCGGGGGCAGCAGAUUAGGGGUGUUUAGACUUGGGGUUUAAAUGUAACUUUUUUUCCCCAUAGACAUCAAUAGGCAGUGUAGGGCACAAUUGGGCCUGGAGCAAAGCUAAGGGUUAAAGCUGAAGGGAGAGAUAGGAGAAGAGGGCUGGCUAGGGAGGUUAGUUGCAACAAUGUUGCAUGCAAGGGAGGGGCCCACUACUCACCUUAAAAGUGGGGAUCAUCAGCUUCCUGGCCCUCUUCUUCCUGGAAUCCGGUGCAGACGAGUUCUUUCUGUUAUUGUUCAGGGUGAUUUUUAAUUUCUGUGAACAAUGCAGCAAUCCAGACGAUCAAAACUCCCUCCACAGCGCUUCCACGAGUUGAAACCUGGAUCAGACAGACAGAAAAAACAGAUAAGUGCACUAGAUAGUAUUGAAGAAUUUGAUGAUAUAAUACCACCUACACAGUACACUAAAAGGCUAGGCCUUGUGCUUAAAAAACACAGAUUAGUCACACAGUUAGUAGGUUGGAUAUUCAUGCAACUAGUGAUGGAGAUAAUUCAGCCUAUGUAUCAGCUGCAAUGGCUAGGCCUGAUGUGACAUCGGCCUGUCUCCAUACUCAGGAACAAUUGCCCUCACGCAAAUAGAUGGCCAUGAGGGUGAUUUGGGGGUUGAAUUGCAUGGUUCUACUACUAGGCCUCAAGCCUUAGGUACUCCAUCGGGCAGGCCACAUGCACAGGCUGUGGCCUAUUCGGAGGGCAUGGCCUCCCCAACUUCCAGGCCUAUUUCUGAUAGCCCCCCAGCCAUAAGCAAUCAUGAUAUGGCGCCCUCAUACACGGCCCACGUGGCAACCCCAGGCCCUUCCACCUUUUCGGGCCCUCAGACAGUUUCUUCUCUGGCCCCUCUGGUAGGCCAUGACUUGCCCCCAGGCCCCGGUUUGGCUUUCGCUUCCCCCUCAGGCCGCAUGGCUCAAUUAGGCCGCACGUCGGAAACCAGGGCCUGUUUUGGGCCUUCAGUCCGGCCUGGGCGACUUAACUGGUUCACAUAUCCCCGUUUUGGGGCCUUUAAUCCGGCCUGUGCCUGGGCGAUGUAGCGGUCUCAAAUGUUCCCCCAUCCGGCCCUUCUAUGCUGUCCUCCGCACACCAUCCGGUACCUUGUCUGCCCUUAUUUGCUGCCCCCAGCCAUCCGGUAAUCUUACCUGAAUCGACGGUCUCAUCUCUCAUAUCCGCGAUCCCACCGUCGGCUGCGUCAGCUGUCUCCUCGAUCCUGGCUUCCAUCAUGGAGGCGAUGUCUCCGUCGGGUCCUCCAGCUCCUUUUCACGUGAUGCCGGUGUCGGGUCCUCUAAGCCAGGCCGCAGGUCCUCCAAGCCGGGUAGUAAGUGCGCAACCGGAAGUUCCGGUCACGCGCCCCUCCAUUUCCGGUUCCGGUUUCGUCGGCCACAGCAGCGUCGGGAGUCCAAGGGAGCGGCCGCAUCCUCAUCAGCUCCCGGAAGGUGAGCACCAGCAGAGGAUGUCGGUCGGGGGAGGGUUAAUAGGCCGCAAGGGAGUGCAAGUGCGGCGGCAGCGGGCAUCUUCAUGGGUCAUUAGCAGGUUGGCGGCAGUAGGUAGGGGGCACCAUGAUGCCGGAAGAUGCCUUAUAAUUACCGCAGGGUUCACCAGAGGCUUUAACACAAGGAGAGGUGUUACCGCUAGGGGUAAUACAUUAACUCAUUUGGGUAGAGGAAUUCUAUCAAGCGCUAACGCGCUAGGACAAGAGAUAGGCAGUCAGUUAGGUGGGCAAAUAAGUGCUAUGGAAUCACGCCAGAUGCACGCCCAGGCUCCAGGACAAUACAAUGUCGCGCUUGAACACGCCAAAGGGCAGAUGCACACAGAUAACAGGACAGCUCAUACUCAAUUUAGCGCAGCAUCACAUACAACCAGUAGCUGCACGAAUCCUCAAAGUAUGAAUGUACAAUCUGUGUCAAAUGCAGGUAUUGCAGGUAUGAAUGCACAAUCUGUUUCACACACUAGGAUUUCAGGCAUGAAUGUGCAAUCUGUUUCUAAGGCAGGUAGGUCAGCUAUGAAUGUGCAAUCUGUUCCAAAUAGAGGUCUGUCGGCUAUGAAUGUGGCAACAUCCCAAUUGCAAGUUGGUGGUGUCAAUGCAGUGCAUGGAACAUUGGGUCAUGAUGCGGUUGGGAACCAUAACAUACAGAGUUCAGCUGGGGGAGGUGGUGUGUCAAGGAGGGUUUCUAGUGUUGCGAAUGCCAGCAUGAGUGACCAGAAUGCAUCAGGCUUGGGGUCUACUAACCCUCCCUUUACCGGUGUCCGUAGUGCUCGCGAUCUCUUCUCUUUGUUGCAGACCGCAGCGCAGAUGGAACCGCAACAGGUUGAUAUGCCUUCGGCUUCGUCUACUUCUACUUCAGCGAAUCCUCCUGAACAGGCGGGUUCAUCGUUACAGCGAGGAGCGUCUACCGACUCCAAUCAAUGGGAAGAUGCUUCAAGGCCUGAUCCUUCUGCUUCAGGUCCGGAGUCUCAGGACAAUGCAGUUGCCGUCCCCGGACCUGUCAGCGGCGCCAAGAGGAUCUGGAUCGUGGGGCACUCCUAUGUGCAUUGGGCCUCCAUCCGUAGUUCCGCCCUUCCGGGGGGACAGAAUUUGGGCUUUCCUUUCACCCUAGAUUCAAUUAGAUGGUUAGGGGAGAGAGGGAUGUGUUGGCCCGCGCUUCCAUCGCGUAUUCCGGAGGCCCUAGUACGCUGGGGUAAACCUCAUGUAAUAAUUCUCCAUAUAGGGGGCAAUGAUUUGGGCGCCAUUCCGAUCUUGGAGCUAAUCAAGAUCAUGCAGGCGGAUAUCGCUUGGAUCAGGGCUCGGAUUCCGAAUGUGUUGGUCGGUUGGUCCAACAUAGUUCCCAGGCUGGAAUGGCAUCACAUGUCUAGCCACAGCGCUGCUUACUAGGUCAGGAAGAAAAUAAAUUCCUCAGUUGCUAGAACCGUCAUGGGUAAUGGGGGAUUCGUAGUUAAACACGAAUCCCUUACAGCCGACAAGGUCCAUUGUUAUAGAAUGGAUAGGGUUCAUUUAGAGACAGUUGCCCUAGAUAUUUUUAUAAAGGACAUUCGUAAGGCCAUAUUAACCCUCCUUUAAGUCCGGUUGGGUUGUGUUUGUCUUUUAUUGGUUGGCGGCACAGUUAUCAUCUCAAUGCUAUCUGGUGGCGGGAGGUAACGGCCCUGUUGCCUUGGAAAGGGUGAACGGGGGGAGUGAUGACCAGUCUAAAAGUGAGAGGGGUGGAUAGCCUCAAGUGCAUGUGAGGUGCCCCUCCUUCCCCUUGCGGGUGGGUCACGUGAUCUCAUUAACCCCUUAGUAGCAAUUUUUCUAUGAGCAGAGGUCCCGCUCUGCUGCAGUUUCCGUUUGGGCCGUUUACCUUCUGCAGUGCUGGGUUGUCAUUAUAGCAUUCGUUCAGCCGCCAUCAUAACCUUGUUGGUUUCCAUGGUUACUUAUUUAAUUAAUAAAUGUUUAACCUGUGACGGUUAAAAAUUUUACCCACAAAAAGUUGUUGUGUUUUUAUUAUAGAGUUAAGUUGUUAUAUGUACCCUUCUACGGCUAGCGACCGAUAAGCAUUUAAUCCCUUAAGGCAGUGUAGGGCACAAUUGGGCCUGGAGCAAAGCUAAGGGUUAAAGCUGAAGGGAGAGAUAGGAGAAGAGGGCUGGCUAGGGAGGUUAGUUGCAACAAUGUUGCAUGCAAGGGAGGGGCCCACUACUCACCUUAAAAGUGGGGAUCAUCAGCUUCCUGGCCCUCUUCUUCCUGGAAUCCGGUGCAGACGAGUUCUUUCCCCUCCCUCCCUUCCCUAUUACAAGAUGGCUUCCAAAUUUAUUUUAUUGUGCUAGGCGCUAAGAAUGCCUUCUCAGGCUAACUUAGUAGCCACAUAGUCAAUUGAGCAUUUCCAAAUUUAAAUUUUUCCCCUAGUUGGCGACGGGUAUGCCUAUUCAGGCUAACUUUGUCAGCCUCUUUAGUUAUUGGGGUCUACCAUAUCCAGUCUACCUGGCUUUUGGCGGCUGAGUAGCGGAUCCCCUUUUCUAGGGGGUAGUCCCUAUUUUAUACCCUCUCGGCGGGAGGUAACGGCCCUGUUGCCUUGGAAAGGGUGAACGGGGGGAGUGAUGACCAGUCUAAAAGUGAGAGGGGUGGAUAGCCUCAAGUGCAUGUGAGGUGCCCCUCCUUCCCCUUGCGGGUGGGUCACGUGAUCUCAUUAACCCCUUAGUAGCAAUUUUUCUAUGAGCAGAGGUCCCGCUCUGCUGCAGUUUCCGUUUGGGCCGUUUACCUUCUGCAGUGCUGGGUUGUCAUUAUAGCAUUCGUUCAGCCGCCAUCAUAACCUUGUUGGUUUCCAUGGUUACUUAUUUAAUUAAUAAAUGUUUAACCUGUGACGGUUAAAAAUUUUACCCACAAAAAGUUGUUGUGUUUUUAUUAUAGAGUUAAGUUGUUAUAUGUACCCUUCUACGGCUAGCGACCGAUAAGCAUUUAAUCCCUUAAGGCAGUGUAGGGCACAAUUGGGCCUGGAGCAAAGCUAAGGGUUAAAGCUGAAGGGAGAGAUAGGAGAAGAGGGCUGGCUAGGGAGGUUAGUUGCAACAAUGUUGCAUGCAAGGGAGGGGCCCACUACUCACCUUAAAAGUGGGGAUCAUCAGCUUCCUGGCCCUCUUCUUCCUGGAAUCCGGUGCAGACGAGUUCUUUCCCCUCCCUCCCUUCCCUAUUACAAGAUGGCUUCCAAAUUUAUUUUAUUGUGCUAGGCGCUAAGAAUGCCUUCUCAGGCUAACUUAGUAGCCACAUAGUCAAUUGAGCAUUUCCAAAUUUAAAUUUUUCCCCUAGUUGGCGACGGGUAUGCCUAUUCAGGCUAACUUUGUCAGCCUCUUUAGUUAUUGGGGUCUACCAUAUCCAGUCUACCUGGCUUUUGGCGGCUGAGUAGCGGAUCCCCUUUUCUAGGGGGUAGUCCCUAUUUUAUACCCUCUCGGCGGGAGGUAACGGCCCUGUUGCCUUGGAAAGGGUGAACGGGGGGAGUGAUGACCAGUCUAAAAGUGAGAGGGGUGGAUAGCCUCAAGUGCAUGUGAGGUGCCCCUCCUUCCCCUUGCGGGUGGGUCACGUGAUCUCAUUAACCCCUUAGUAGCAAUUUUUCUAUGAGCAGAGGUCCCGCUCUGCUGCAGUUUCCGUUUGGGCCGUUUACCUUCUGCAGUGCUGGGUUGUCAUUAUAGCAUUCGUUCAGCCGCCAUCAUAACCUUGUUGGUUUCCAUGGUUACUUAUUUAAUUAAUAAAUGUUUAACCUGUGACGGUUAAAAAUUUUACCCACAAAAAGUUGUUGUGUUUUUAUUAUAGAGUUAAGUUGUUAUAUGUACCCUUCUACGGCUAGCGACCGAUAAGCAUUUAAUCCCUUAAGGCAGUGUAGGGCACAAUUGGGCCUGGAGCAAAGCUAAGGGUUAAAGCUGAAGGGAGAGAUAGGAGAAGAGGGCUGGCUAGGGAGGUUAGUUGCAACAAUGUUGCAUGCAAGGGAGGGGCCCACUACUCACCUUAAAAGUGGGGAUCAUCAGCUUCCUGGCCCUCUUCUUCCUGGAAUCCGGUGCAGACGAGUUCUUUCCCCUCCCUCCCUUCCCUAUUACAAGAUGGCUUCCAAAUUUAUUUUAUUGUGCUAGGCGCUAAGAAUGCCUUCUCAGGCUAACUUAGUAGCCACAUAGUCAAUUGAGCAUUUCCAAAUUUAAAUUUUUCCCCUAGUUGGCGACGGGUAUGCCUAUUCAGGCUAACUUUGUCAGCCUCUUUAGUUAUUGGGGUCUACCAUAUCCAGUCUACCUGGCUUUUGGCGGCUGAGUAGCGGAUCCCCUUUUCUAGGGGGUAGUCCCUAUUUUAUACCCUCUCGGCGGGAGGUAACGGCCCUGUUGCCUUGGAAAGGGUGAACGGGGGGAGUGAUGACCAGUCUAAAAGUGAGAGGGGUGGAUAGCCUCAAGUGCAUGUGAGGUGCCCCUCCUUCCCCUUGCGGGUGGGUCACGUGAUCUCAUUAACCCCUUAGUAGCAAUUUUUCUAUGAGCAGAGGUCCCGCUCUGCUGCAGUUUCCGUUUGGGCCGUUUACCUUCUGCAGUGCUGGGUUGUCAUUAUAGCAUUCGUUCAGCCGCCAUCAUAACCUUGUUGGUUUCCAUGGUUACUUAUUUAAUUAAUAAAUGUUUAACCUGUGACGGUUAAAAAUUUUACCCACAAAAA